AUGGAUCAGAACAACUCAGCCAAUUCCAGAUUUAGGAGGAAGAUGUUAAUGAAAGACAAACAAUAUAAACGGCAGCAGCGAGUCACAGGUUUAUACGUUAUAGAUAUGCAUUUUGGUUUUCAUAUUCUGACUGUAAUAUCUCAAUUACUUGGUUACUAUUUGUUAGAUGAAAAUUGUACACCUCUUGCGCAAAUGUUUCGACAGGAAGCUUCUACCAGUAGACCACAUCAUGUUCCAAGAACUCCAUUAUCCACUUUGUAUAUCGCUGCUAAUGAACCAACACCUACUAAUUCCAUUGUAACAUCAUGUUAUGACACAUAUUGUGAUAACUUACCCAGUAAACGUAAGCAUCCUUCUGGUGUAACGUCAUCCACGCCUGAUCUUACGCACGAUGCAGACACUCCUGUUUCCGAAGUGAUAAAUCCAACUUCUACUCAUGUUAUAAAACGUGUGUCUCAACCUACCCAUGUUCUUGAAUCCAUACCUUCAUUUGCAUUCAAUUUUCACGUCUAUACAGCAGACGAACCCGUGAACAAUCGAGCAAGUACAAGCAUAAAUAACGGAGCAGAUUUUGGGCGUUAUGACAAGUAUGACCAGGCGGAAACUGAAGAGAUGAUCGAUUUUGGAAAUCCAUCAUAUAUAUGUUCUGAUUGUGGUGCGGAUAUGUGGUAUGAGGAGAGAUCUGACAAAUGUGACAACACCACUGUUAAUCUUAGAUUUUCACUUUGCUGUUCGAAAGGCAUAGUUCAUCUACCGUAUGAAAUUAGGCCUCCGGAAUUACUAAUUAACCUGAUGAAUGGACAAGAUUCAAGGAGUAAACAUUACAGAGAAAACAUUCGAGCCUAUAACAGUAUGUUUUGUUUUACCUCAAUUGGUGGGAAGGUACAAUCAAACAAAAGUGGUGGUCCUCCUCAAUUUAUUCUUGGUGGACAAAAUUAUCACAGAAUGGGUAGUCUGGUUCCAGAUAAAGGAGUAACUCCCAAAUUUGCCCAGCUGUAUAUUUAUGAUACACAAAAUGAAAUAUCUAAUAGAUUUAUCCAUUUCAGAUCUGGCGGUAAAGAAUCUGGCUUAGAUAGGACAUUAGUUGAAGACAUUACUAAAAUGGUGGAUGACAACAAUGUAUUGGUCAAGUCUUUUAGAAAGGUUCGGGACCACUUACAGCAAAACAACACAUCGAAUUUUUGUUUAAGGUUGUUUAGAAAUAGAACUAAGGAUCCAAGAACCCAUAAUUUGCCCUCAUGUGACGAGGUUGCUGCAUUAAUUGUUGGAGAUUUUCAGAACCUUGAUCCUGGUCGAGAUAUUAUUGUUAGGAAGACUUCUGGUCAUUUGGUACAAAUCAGAGAGACACAUGCUUCAUUCUUAGCUCUUCAGUACCCGUUGUUGUUCCCAUUUGGUGAGGACCAAUAUCAUGAAAACAUUCCUUAUAGAGAGUCUGUUAUCAAAGAAGGAAGAAGGAAGCGAUUGCGAGUAACUUUUAGAGAUUUUAUUGCAUUUCGCAUACAGGAGAGAAAAUGUGAAAAUGGAAGUAUUGUAAAUGCUGGACGACUAUUCCAACAAUUUGUUGUUGAUGGUUUCUCUAUGAUUGAGUCACAAAGAUUAUAUUGGCAUCGCAUGAACCAGGCAACUAUUAGAUGUGAUAUAUUAAGUGGUUUGCAAGAAGCAGUACACAACGGAGAGAAUCAACCAUCUGCAGUUGGAAAACGUAUCGUCCUACCUGCAUCUUUUACCGGAGGACUGAGGUACAUGUUUAAUAACUGUCAAGAUGCGAUGGCAAUUUGCAAAAAGUUUGGGUACCCUGAUUUAUUCAUCACCAUCACAUGUAAUGCUAAUUGGCCAGAAAUUAAGAACUUUGUAACUAUAAGAGGCCUUACAGCUAGCGAUCGUCCAGACAUUGUUUGCAGAAUAUUUAAGGCAAAACUCGAUCACAUGAUGAAUGCUUUUAAAAAGGAAAAAAUAUUUGGAGAAGUUGUUGCAGGGACUUAUACUAUAGAGUUUCAGAAGAGGGGUCUGCCACACGCACAUAUUUUGCUAUGGCUUGAAGCAUCAAACUCACUGAAAACAGGAACUGACAUUGACAAGUAUAUUUCUGCAGAACUACCAGACCAUAAUCUCUAUCCAAACCUUGCAAAUGUUGUUUCGAGUUUUAUGAUACACGGUCCCUGUGGAAAAGCCAACUUAAAUUCUCAGUGCAUGAAAGAUGGCAAAUGCUCAAAGUAUUUUCCAAAAGAUUACCAGGACUCCACUAUAGUGAGUGACGAAGGCUAUCCAAAGUACAGGCGCCGAGAUAAUGGUUUGUCUGUGGUGAAAAAGGGAAUAACUUUGGAUAAUAGGUAUGUAGUUCCUUACAAUCCACAAUUGUUAGUUAGAUACCAAGCACAUAUCAAUGUUGAGUAUUGCAAUAAGGGAAAUGCUAUAAAGUACCUUUUUAAGUAUGUUAAUAAAGGCCCUGACAGAGCCACUGUUGGAAUUUCAAAUCAAACUGAAAAUGGAAAAGUUUUGGAUGAAAUAAAACAGUACUAUGAGUGUAGAUAUUUGGCUCCUUGCGAGUCUGUCUGGAGGAUUUUUGAGUAUGACAUACAUCAGAGGUGGCCUCCUGUUAUAAGGCUUUCUUUUCAUCUGGAAAAUGAGCAGUCAAUAAUGUUUUCAGAAAGUAAUUCAGUUGAGUCUGUUCUGAACCGUAGUGAAGAAAUUGACACGAUGUUUUUGGCUUGGUUUGAGGCAAACAAAAAAUUUCCAGAUGGAAGGGACUUGACUUAUGGAGAAUUUCCCACAAGGUUUGUUUAUGAUAAAAGUGUUAGAGCGUGGCACCCGAGACAGCGGGGUAACUCUAUUGGAAGGCUUACAUAUAUUCCCCCAGGGUGUGGUAAUGUUUUUUAUUUGAGACUCCUGUUGACUAUACAAAAGGGAUGCACAAGUUACAAUGAUAUUAAGACGGUAGAUGGAACAAUUCACAAAACCUUUAAGGAAGCAUGCAUUGCACUUGGAUUGUUGCAAAACGACAAAGAAUUUGUGGAUGCUAUCAUUGAAGCCAGUCAUUUGGCCUCUGGUAAUCAGAUGAGAAGAUUGUUUGUUAUGUUGUUAUUUAUGGAUUCAAUGACAAAUCCCUUUGUCGUUUGGGAAGCAACAUGGAAACUUUUGUGCGAUGGAAUUUUGUAUGAUGCAAGGAAGAGGCUUAACAACCCAGGUCUUCAAAUUAUGGACGAUGAUUUGAAAAAUCUUUGUUUGAUUGAGUUUGAAAGAUUACUCUCAAUGAAUGGCAAAUCUCUUGAUAAUAUUGAGUCGAUGCCACAACCUUCAAAUUCUGAAAUGCAACAGUUUAAAAAUAGUCUAUUGGCUGGUGAAUUAAAUUAUGACAAGGAAGAGAUGGUUGCAACCCACAUGUCAUUGAUGUCAACCUUAACUGUUGAACAGAGGUCAGUCUAUGAUCAAAUUAUAAAUUCAGUGAUGAUGGAUUGUGGAGGAUUUUACUUCUUGCAUGGAUAUGGAGGCACAGGUAAGACAUUUAUUUGGAAAACUGUGUCGGCUGCUCUUAGAUCCCAAGGUUUAAUUGUUUUAAAUGUUGCUUCGAGUGGGAUUGCGUCUUUAUUGUUACCUGGAGGAAAAACAGCUCAUUCAAUGUUUGGAAUUCCUUUAGUUACAACAGAAACAUCUGCUUGCAACAUCAAAAAACGGACCGAUAGAUGUGAACUUAUCUUGCAAUCUAAGCUUAUUAUUUGGGAUGAAGCUCCAAUGUUAAAUAGAUUUUGUGCCGAAGCUGUCGAUCGUUCUUUGAAGGACAUAAUGAGGACUGUAGACGACUCUAACCAAUAUAAACCAUUUGGUGGUAAGGUGGUUGUUUUUGGUGGAGAUUUCAGACAAAUUUUACCUGUUGUUAGAAAGGGUUGUAGGCAUGACAUAGUGUCAGCUUCAAUAAACUCUUCUGAAUUAUGGAAAUUUUGCAAGGUAUUGACUUUGUCAAAUAACAUGCGGCUGGCAGCUCCUAACUCCAACAUAGAAUCUAAAGAAGUUAAAGAAUUUUCAGAUUGGAUGCUUGAUAUUGGAAAUGGUAAACAAGCCUCAAAUGAGAGUGGAGAGAGCACACUUCAUAUUCCUGAAGACUUAUUGGUUACGGAUUCUCAUAAUCCUCUAUUAUGUCUGGUUGAACUAACAUAUCCAAAUCUUUUACAGAACAUGAACAAUUUGAAGUACUAUGAAGAGAGGGCGUUACUAUCUCCGACUCAUGAUUCUGUGGAUAUUGUUAAUGAUUUUGUUUUGUCCUUAAUUCCAGGUGAUGAAAAGGAAUAUUUAAGUGCUGACUCAACUGUUCUUUCAGAUGAAAAUUGUGCAGUUCGUGCGGAUUGGUUCACACCUGAAUUUUUGAAUGAAAUGAAAUGUUCAGGAAUGCCGAAUCACCGAUUAAGGCUGAAAAUUGGAGUUCCGGUCAUGCUUCUUCGAAACAUAGAUCAAUCCAAUGGCCUUUGCAAUGGAACAAGGUUACUCAUAAAUGAACUAUGUCAUAAUAUUAUUGGUGCCACCGUCAUUACAGGGAAGAAUAUUGGUGAUAAGAUUUACAUACCGAGGAUGAAUUUGAUUUCUUCUGAUCCAAGCUUUCCAUUUAAGUUCCAGAGAAGACAAUUUCCAAUUGCGUUGUGUUUUGCAAUGACCAUAAAUAAAAGCCAAGGCCAGUCUCUUUCUCAGGUCGGUUUGUAUUUACAACGCCCUGUGUUCACUCAUGGGCAAUUCUAUGUCGCCAUUUCAAGGGUAAAGUCUAGAAAAGGGUUGAAGAUUCUUAUUAUAGAUGACGAAGGAAAUCCGUGCGCGGACACUACAAAUGUUGUUUAUAGAGAGGUUUUCGACAAUUUGUAA